GGAAAAGCUUUCGUAUAUAUGUACUCCCGGACGACGACGGUGCGUGCUCGCUCGGUCUCCAGGGUUCGCGGCGUGUGGAGCGGCGCGCGGAGGAACAGCUCCAGUAGUAGCCGAGCAGCCGCGUCGAGACGAGACGUGAAUGCAGCGGCGGCGUCCUUCCCUCGACUCUUCUCUCAGUUCGCCGCCGUUGCUCCGUCCGCGGACUUGAUUUCACACGAACACCUACGGGACCGCAAAAGAAACCAAGAGAACGCGCUCGGGAAGAAAAAUAAAAAGGAAAGUACACGAAACCCGAGGUCACCGGUCUAGCAUCUUUGGAGCACUGAAGAAUGUCGACGAAUCUCAGAGAUUUGAUAAACAUUGCUUGCUAGUCUUCGUUGAAAAGAGGAUUUCGGAAAGAAAGAUCUUUUUUUAGAUUGGAAUUUUUGGUUGGUAGAGGUUUGAAUUCGUUUGACGUAAGGCCCGAAGGAUAACAGUAAGGACUCUAGCUGAAGGUGAAAGUAGAGUGGCGCACGGGCCGCGCAGUGGUUCCUCGGCUCGAUGACGAGAAACACGUGCCAGCAGCGAUCGGCGUGAACGGUUUCGAUACAAGAGGAACAAUCGAUCUGUGAGGAUGAGAGGAUCGGUGAUAGUCGUUGUUUGCUGCGCUGCCCUGAUGGUCCUGGCGGCCGAGACAGCGGAGCACCAGAGGCUCAACGCCAGGAUGGAAUGCCCCCACAAGUGCAUGUGCUUCGUGAACACGGUGCGGUGCAUGUUUCAGAAGCUGAACCGGGUACCACGGGUACCGACCAACACGACAGUGCUUGAUCUACGUUUCAACAACAUCGCGGAACUCCGGCCAGGUUCCUUUCACGGUUUGUCCGAGCUGCACACGCUCCUGUUGAACGACAACCGCAUCAGACACCUCUCAGCGAGGACAUUUGAGGGUGCACCGAAUCUGAGGAUCCUUUAUCUCUACAAGAACCACCUGGAGCGCAUAUCGUCCAGCGCGUUUGCUGGCCUACCGAAACUGGAGCAACUGUAUCUGCACUACAACCACCUUAAAGAGAUCAAGAAGGGCACGUUCAAUGAUCUGCCGUCCCUGGAACGAUUGUUCCUUCAUAGCAACAUGCUCCAUCAUCUGCCCGCCGAUGCGUUCCAAAAUGUCGGCCCGAUGACGAGGCUUCGUCUGGACAGCAACGCGUUAGUCUGUGACUGCAAUCUUGUCUGGUUGGUACAGCGGCUGCAGAACAAGCCCUCGGAAAUGGCGGCGAUAUGCCAGUCUCCGGUCGAGAUGAAGGGACGUUCCCUGACGGCGAUGUCACCCGAUGAUUUCCAUUGCACCAAACCGCGCAUCAUGCACGGGCCCGAAGACGUCGAGGUUAGGCUCGGCGGUAAAAUGACUUUCACCUGCGAGGUGAUAGGGGACCCGACACCGGAGAUCAAAUGGAUGCGUGACUCGAACGAGGUGGCGGUUGAUGGUGACCGCUACGUGAUGCAGGAGGAUGGCUCUCUAGUGAUAUCGGACGUGACCGAGCAGGACACUGGAGAGUACGAAUGUAUAGCUAGAAGCGAGAUGGGUCUAACGAAGUCGCGGAAGGCUAGAGCAGUGAUCACUGUCUCGCCGUCGUUGAGGUUCACCGAGCUGCCGGAGUCACAGACCGUGGCUGUCGGCACGGACGUUUCCUUCACCUGCAGAGUGGAAGGUAUACCAGCACCUAGAGUCCAAUGGUGGCGAAACGGUCAGCAGCUGAGCGUAGGUGGUCGAGUCGCAUUCGAAGAGAAUGGUGACGUGUUGCGCGUGUUCGCGGUCAAGGAGUCCGAUGCGGCCAGGUACGUGUGCCGCGCGAGGAACACGAACGGAUAUGCGGAGACCAGCGCCGACUUGAGGGUCGUCGAUUCGGCCUACGGUCCACCCAGACUGACCUACGAGCCACGGGAUAUGGAGGUGGAACCUGGCGCCAUUAUCGAAGUCCCCUGCAGGGUGGAGGGUGUCCCAAAACCGGUGAUACAGUGGAAGAAAGAUGGAACCGCCGUUGAAGGGAACAGGGUACGAAUAUCCAGAGGUGGAAGCUUGUACCUUUAUAAUGUUACCUCGGCGGACGCUGGCAGAUACGAGUGUUCAGCGGUGAACGAAUACGGCCGCGCAACCGCCCAAGCCCUGGUCCAGAUCCGUCAGCCGGAAAGGACGGACGGUUUGGUUAUAAGGGCGUUCAAGGAUGCGAAAGCGGAGAUCGAUCGCGCGAUCAACAACACAUUGACGAAUCUCUUCAGUGGCAAUGCAGCAGGACCUCGCGCCAACCCGUUCCGGCUUGCGCGGUUUCCUGAUGCCGUGGGCCGCGCCGCUGCUAGACCGGCUGAAAUCUUUGAACGGACACUAGUUAACAUCAGACGUAUGAUCAAUGCGGGCAUGGCUGCGAAUACGACUAACGAAUACCGAUAUGAGGAGUUUUUAACACCUGAACAGGUGAAAGAGAUCGAAAGACUAUCCGGUUGCACGGGCCAUAGGCACCGUCAAAAUUGUACGAACAUGUGCUUCCACAACAGAUACCGCAGCAUAGACGGCAGCUGCAACAACCUACGGUAUCCUACCUGGGGUUCAUCUUACACCGGAUUCCGCAGGGUUCUCCAACCUAUUUACGAGAAUGGCUUCUCGACGCCAGUCGGCUGGGAAAAGGGUCGCCGAUACUACGGGUAUCCAAAACCAUCGGCACGUCUUAUUUCGACCACACUAGUGUCAACGCAUAAUGUCACUUCAGACGACAGAAUCACCCACAUGGUGAUGCAAUGGGGUCAAUUCUUGGACCAUGAUCUCGAUCAUUCCCUGCCGUCAGUAUCAAGUGAAUCCUGGGAUGGUAUCGACUGCAAGAAAUCCUGCGACAACGCCGCGCCAUGCUUUCCAAUGGAAGUUCCUCAUGGUGAUCCUCGAAUAACAAACCGAAGAUGUAUCGACUUCAUUAGGACCAGCGCCGUCUGCGGUUCAGGGAUGACGAGUAUUCUGUGGGGAAGUUUCUCCCCCAGAGAACAGUUGAAUCAACUCACUAGCUACCUUGAUGCCUCCCAAGUAUACGGUUAUGACAACGACUUGGCCAAAGAUCUACGAGAUCUCACCACAGAUCAUGGUCUGUUACGAGAAGGACCCACCAGACCCGGCCACAAACCUCUGUUACCGUACGCGUCCGGUCAAUUCGUCGAUUGUAGGAGGAAUCCGCUGGAGAGCUCGAUCAACUGUUUCGUUGCCGGGGACAUUCGAGCCAACGAGCAAGUUGGCUUGUUGGCCAUGCACACGAUAUGGCUGAGGGAGCACAACCGCAUUGCGCGCAGCCUUCGCGAGAUGAAUCCACAUUGGAACGGAGAAAAACUUUAUCAAGAAGCCAGGAAGAUCGUUGGCGCCGAGAUGCAGCAUAUUACCUAUCAGCAAUGGAUGCCUCACGUGUUCGGUGGUACCGCUGACGAUGUUAUAGGCCACUACCGUGGUUACGAUCCGAAUCUAGAUGCAAGUGUAUCAAAUGUGUUCGCCACUGCAGCUCUGAGGUUUGGUCACACCCUUAUCCAGCCGCGGUUGGAACGAUUAAACGAAUCAUUCCAGUCGAUACCUCAAGGACCCCUUCUACUGCGGGACGCCUUCUUCGCACCGUGGAGAGUGGUGGAAGAGGGUGGGGUAGAUCCUUUGAUGAGAGGCAUGUUCGCUACCGCAGCUAAAUUGAAACUACCUGAGGAAAAUCUGAACUCAGAACUGACGGAGCAACUGUUCCGUACAGCUCACGCAGUCGCGCUGGAUCUUGCUGCGAUGAAUAUCCAACGUGGCAGGGAUCAUGCUUUGCCAGGGUACUUGGAAUGGCGACGAUUUUGCAAUAUGUCUUACGUGGAGACCUUUGAGGAUCUGGCUGGCGAAAUACGUAGCGCUAAAGUCAGGCAGAAGUUGAGAGAACUGUAUGGCCAUCCGGGAAACAUAGACGUCUGGGUGGGUGGUGUCCUUGAGGAUCAAUUGCCUAACGCGAAAGUAGGACCUCUGUUCCAAUGUCUUUUACUGGAACAGUUUAAGCGUUCCAGGAACGGCGAUAGAUUCUGGUACGAGAACCCGACCGUGUUCAAACCAGAACAACUGGCGCAAAUCAAGCAGACGAGCCUGGCUAAGAUCUUGUGCGAUAACGGUGAUAACAUCAAUCGAAUACAGCCGAAUGUGUUCCUCUUGCCGGAGGCUGACAAUGGAUUCGUCUCCUGCGACGAGCUGCCGUACAUUGACCUGAGGGUUUGGUCCGAUUGUUGCGAUGGAUGCGAAGAUCAUAGUAACACGAUUUCACGUUUCCGGCGAGCAGCGGCUAAGUAUUUGCCCCCGCUCAAUGAUUUGGCGAAUGAUUUGGUCAAGCGGGAUCCUGGCGAGAAAAUCGAGUUUUUGGAACGGACGCUCAAUGAGACUGAGCUGGAAUCUAGAAGACUUAUGGAGCUAGCCAAAUCUCUAUCUCAUAAAAUGGAAGAAUUGAGGUCCCUUUUAGAAAAUGUGAAAAAACGAGUAGCAAAAUAAGACAAUAAAUCAAGAUUGUCUUGGUAGAUCAUAAAUAUUAAUCCACUGCUGUUCACUUAGCUAGACGCGCUUGUAUCUUAUUAACUCCGUAUGUUUUUUAAUGUACAUACAUUGUGAAUUUUAGACGCUACAUCAUAGUUUAAAGAGUGAUUCUUUGUCGUUCUUUACUGUAUUUACCAUUUAAAUGGAAUUUUGGAUAAGUUGUUAGACCCUUGAAUAAUGAAAACCAGUCUUGAACCUCGAAGAACUCCAUGCUGCUUUAAUAAUAUUAUCUAAACAUAUGUCAGCUUCAAUUUAUGUAAAAUUAUUUAUAUGAAUAAUGUAAUUGUGACACGCACCUUCAAUACGUGAUUUAAAUUCUAUAUUAUAGAAAGAACAGAAUAAGAAUGUAACUUUCUAUAUCUAUUUCUUUUUAAUUGUUUUUUAUACAAUAAUAUUAAUAUAAUAAUAUAAUAAUAUUUCACUGCAUUUCAGUAGUGAUGACAAGUAUUUAGGCAUUAGCUUAACAACAUCUCGUUUAUACAAACAUAUCAUUAUGCAACUCUCUACCUUACACAAAAUAGUUGCUAUUAUAAGAAAUAAUUGCUUAAUGUAUUCUAUACUUAGCAAUGAAUAUUGAAUUUUUUUUUUCCGGAAAUUUGUAAUCUAUAUGUUACUUAAUAUGUACAGUUUUGACGUUAUUCAUUUUUAUGUCACCAGCAAUUGCAUUUCUCAUAAUUCUGUGCCAUCAAACAUUGUAGAAUGUAUUAUAAUCAUUUAUAAUAUAUAUUUUAUAUAGUAAAAGAAAUGUUUUUAGUCAUAAUGUGUUCAUUUAUUAUUGACUAGAGAACAUAAUAAUGCAUUAAAACAUAAAUUGUAUACAUUUCAAUAACUUUAUAUAAAAUGCAUAUACAUUAUAAACUGCUUCAGAAUAUUUAGAUGUUACAUAUACUAUCACCCAAAAUCUAAAAUAUUUUAAGCACCAAUUCCUAGCGGUAUAUAUUACAUACUUCUACAUUUCUUGUGUAUUUCAAAAACCAAUAAAUUUUGUGUGUCGCCCAUGAGCGAUAAUAUCCUUUCCAUCAUUCUUCGUAAGAUCCACUGCAAGAAAAGCUAAUCGUUUUCCUGCACGUAUAGUUCUAGCAUCAACUGUUACCAUUUCACCAGGAAGUGCAGGUUUCAUGAACCUAUAUACAAACUCUUAUUAGACACAUUUUUUUAUUACUUUCCCAAAAACAGAAAAAAUUACAUACGUAACAUUCAGAUCUACUGAGACUCCUGGUGGACUAUCUUUGUAAGUCAUCAAAGCAUAAGUAGAGAUACAAUCAACAACCGUGCUUGUAAAACCUCCAUGCAUUGUACCAGCCUCAUUUAAAUGUUCUUCAGAUACAACAAAUUUUACUUUACAGUUACCAUCUCCU